GGAAUUAUAGCAAAGAUGGCGGCGACCUCAGUAGGACGCGUUUUGACACUUUGCAGACAGUUUCAAAACGCUUUUAGGAUUUCUACAUCGUUAGCCGUCCAACAGUCUGCUCUCACUUUGACCAAAUCUCAGUCUUAUCUUGAUAGGUUAACGUAUCCACUUUUGAGCUCAAAUUGGCACUGUCAUGUUGGCCAGUGUCGGCCUCUGCACACUACCAUCAGCAGAAGAGGACUUGAGGAGUUUUUCGACAUACCUGAAAACUGGGGGGAGCCAACAGUGAAGUCAGGAGCACCAUGGACUGCCAAGCAACUAAGGACGAAAAGUAAUGAAGACUUACAUAAGCUCUGGUAUGUGCUCCUGAAAGAGAAGAACAUGCUGCUUACCAUUGAGCAGGAGUCCAAAAGGCAAAGAAUUCAGAUGCCAAGUCCAGAGCGCCUAAAGAAGAUCGAAAGGUCCAUGAAGAGACUAGACACAGUGGUGAAGGAGAGAGAAGACGCCCUCCGCCUGCUGCAGACAGGCCAGGAGAGAGCAAGACCUGGGGCCUGGAGAAAGGACAUCUUUGGACGGGUCUACUGGUACCGGUUUAGAGAGCAUGCCCUUCCUUGGUACAUGAACAAGAGAUACAAACGCAAACGUUUCUACACACCCUUAUUUGUCACCCCCCACAUAAGGCUUCGUCUAGAGAAACACCUCCGUGCUAAGACCAGAAUACAGAACAAGGAGAGAGAAAAACAAACUGUACUCCAGGAGAAGUUUCCCCAAAUGAAGGCCCGGUCAUCAUGAAGACUUUCAUUGACCAAGAAACAUUCAUCCUCCUGCAAUUCACAUUGGAGCAUGUGACUGUAUCCCCUGUUUUUUUGCAUAAACGUGUCUGUCAUCAGCUUUUAUUUAAUGUACUUUUUCAUGUUGGUAAACUGGCAUUUAUGUCUUCCUCUGUAUCAUGAUGCCUUGAUUAUGGUUAUUCAUAUUAAAGUGAUGUACAGACACUGUGUGCCAUAUUUUAAACCACAUCAUUCAAAAUGUGUCCUUGAACAUAACUAAAAUUGUUUAAGUCGAAAGAUGGCUCCAACAAUAAAUUGUAGGUAAAUAAAUAUUCUGAUAUACCAGCAAUUGUCA